AUUAUUUCCCUUGUUUACAAAUUUGCCAUGUGAUUUCAACAUAUGUAAACAAUUAAAAGUGCGUUUUCUCUCUCUCAAUUAAUUAAAACACUUGUUGGUUGUCGAGCGAACUUCAGAAAACAAAGCUCUUCAAUGAUGUCAUUUCCCCCACCCAGGAGGUGUGGUCCUUGCUUCAGGCUGCCUAAGACAUUGCAGGACGCUGUGGGCCAGGCUGUGUUUGUGUUCGGUGGGGUGGUCCUGCUAUGGUACGAACUGGGGCACAUUCUUUCCUCAUACUACCUGCAUUUGAAUGGAAAUGGAAGGCUGACGUCUGAAGAAGAAAGUGAAGUUAUGAUCCAGUACGUAGUUGCCAUAUAUUUCGCAAUCAAUAUUUAUGGAAACUACUAUAAAAUAGUUACAACGGAUACAUCGAAGGAUAGAUACAUGUUUAUGUCUAGCUCCCUUAUGCCUGAAGGUUGGAGAUACUGUGCUGAGUGUGAUCUCAAUCUUCCGCCAAGAUCUCACCACUGUAAAGUCUGCAACGUUUGUAUCCUAAAGAGGGACCACCAUUGCUGGUUUACAGGUUGCUGCAUCGGGUACUUCAAUCAUCGCUAUUAUAUUGCCAUGGUUACCCACAUUGUCGCAGCCGCAUUAUACUGCAACAUUUACAACUUGGAGUUUGUCGUCACAGUGAAAGGACAUUUAACUCUCUGGAAAUUUUUAUCGUAUCUUGGACCACAUUUCGGACUGAUCUUUGGAUAUUAUGGGUUCUAUACCUUCUUCAUUACCACCAUGACUACAGUUGGGUCUGUUUUGUUCCUGAUAUUUACAUGGUUGUUGUACAUUCAAAUUGAACAGCUGUGGUAUGGGCAGACCAAACAUGAACGAAAGAAAAGAAUUAAGAAAUAUAACCUGGGAUUUCUGCAUACAUUGAGGGAGUGUUUAGGGACCCGCUGGUUCCUUGUAUUUUUGUUUCCUUGGUUACCAUCCCCUUUACCUGGAUCUGGAACAUCUUUCAAGCUUAAGUCUGACUGAGGAAAGUCAAUGAUUAUUACAUUAUUAAACAUAUAAGAACAUUUGUAAUUAUUGUAUUGUAUAAGAACUUGACACUUUUCUCUAAAUCUAAUGCCAUAUUAAACACAAAAAUAGUGAAAUGGGGCUGCUAAGUUGUUUGCUUCAUAUUAAAAUCAUAUUCAAAUCAAAUUAAAUCAAGAUAUAUCUGUUCUUCUCUCAUCUGUAUUAAAUAAGUUUCUUUUUUAGUACGAGUCAAUGUAUAUCAAUCUAACAAAGGUAUAUAUGUGAAACGUUCUAUACAUGUUCAUUUUUAGCUCAUCUAUUUUUUUUUUUUAAAUAUGAGCUAUUGUCAUCACCUUGGCGUCCGCUUCCGGUCAAGUUUUGCGUUAAGGUCCACUUUUCUCAGAAAGUAUCAAUGCUAUUGCAUUCAAACUUGGAACACUUACUUGAUAUCAUGAGGGGACUGAGCAGGCAAAGUAAGAUAACUCUGGCGUGCAUUUUGACAGAAUUAUGUGCCCUUUUUAUACUUAGAAAAUUGAAAAUUUUGGUUAAGUUUUGUGUUUAGGUCCAUUUUAUUCCUUAAGUAUCAAAACUAUUGCUUUCAUAUUUGCAACACUUACUAACUAUCAUAAGGGGACUGUGCAGGCAAAGUUAUGUAACUCUGACUGGCAUAUUGACAGAAUUAAGUGCCCUUUUUAUACUUAGAAAAUUGAAAAUUUGGUUAAGUUUUGUGUUUAGGUCCACUUUAUUCCUACAGUAUCAAAGCUAUUGCUUUCAUACUUGCAACACUUAUUAACUAUCAUAAGGGGACUGUGCAGGCAAAGUUAUGUAACUCUGACUGGCAUUUGGAUGAAAUUAAGGGCCCUUUAUACUUAGAAAAUUGAAAAUUUGGUUAAGUUUUGUGUUUUGGUCCACUUUACCCCUAAAGUAUCAUAGAUAUUGCUUUCAUACUUGGAACACUCGCAAACUAUCAUAAGGGUACAGUAAAAGGACAAGUUGCAUAUCUCUGGUUGUCAUUUUUACAGAAAUAUGGCCCUUUUUUGACUUAGUAACUUUGAAUAUAUGGUUAAAUUUUGUGUUUCGAUCCACUUUACUUCUAAAGUAUCAAGGCUAUUCGUCAGCUGAAUGUAAUAAGUCAUGUAACUGACAUUUUUUUACAAAUUCACUUUUUGGCAGAUUUGAGUUUAUUUGGGUGAUAUACAUAUGCUAUUUUAAUAUUGAGACAACUUUUUGUCUUAAAAUGAUGUUUUUGAGAAAAUUUCAAAAUCCACAUAACUGAACACAUUUGUUUAAGUUGGUGCAAUAAAUAAUAUAAGAGCACUUACAUGACAUUUUUCUGAACUGUUUUACAAUGAGUUAAAUACUGUAUGUGCUGAUACUUGAAAUUUGACACUGAAAGUUACAGAGUCUCAAAUAACGUAACUGCAUUUUUCAAUGGGGAGUAACUCCUCCAUGGUAUGGAAAAAUUAAAUGUAAAAAACCACGUAAGUGAAAAAAAUUAAAUCCAUAAAAAUGGAUAGCUUUUUUCAAAAAUGUUAUUGUAUAAACUGUAAAAAGAGUGAAAUUUGCACCUAAUUGUUUGAUUAUUGUCCAUAUGUAUGAUACCACAAAAGCACAUUUUAAAUAAUUAUAUAAAUAUUUGUGGUAUGGUUUUGUGAUGUCAUCAAAGUGUUGAUGACAUCAUCAAAAGCAACAGAAACGAACUUCAGAAGACCUCUGUGAUAAAGGAAUCUAUUUCCAUGGCCACUUAUUUCAAGACAAACUACUUUUUAGCAAAUCAGUCAUCAUAAAAGGUUGUGAUGUUUCUCCUACAAGCAACCACACAUCAGGGUGACCCUCAACUUUACUCAGGAAAUGGCAAACAAUGUGUUUGUAAUUCCUUGGUUGCAGUUAUGGAGGCAACUAGAAAGCCACCAUGCCAGUGGCCAUACAGUACACUGGAAAAAAUAUUACUGAAAGGAGAUAUGAUGUACAUCGACAUGAAAGAAAACAUCAACCAUGAAUACCUUCAGAUAAGUGAUAUUCCAACUGUUGUGAAGGACAAAAUGAUCAUUAAAAGUGAAGAGUUUUUCGGAACAUUGAAACAGUCGGCAAAUGACAUGCCUGGCAUAGAACUGGAAGACGCUGUGAACAAUAUACAAAAAAAUUUUGAUGGGAUGAUUUUACUAAUUGGUAACAAGUCUCCAACAUACGCGUCUGCAAUAAUUAAAAACAAUGAAAGCUUUUUCUUUUUUGAUCCUCAUAGCAGAAACGAUUCAGGAAUGUGUGCAGCAGAUGGGAAAGCAACACUCACCAAGCACAAGUCAUUAGCUGACCUAUGUUUAUUUACAAGACAUCUUUGUGCUUCAAUAUUUAAAAAUGUAAACAUUCAGUUUGAAAUUAGGGGCAUAAAUGUCAUUGAUAUAAGUGGGCUAGAGGAGUCUGAUUCUUUUGAAAGUUCCAGUGAAAGUGAUUUUUCAGGGUUUGAUUAUGUUAGUGAGGCUGAGUUGGUUGAAGCUCAUUUACGUGUCAAGGCGUUAAGUGACAACCUGAGCAAUGUCGAUGACACAGAAACAUUCAUUAAUGAUAUAAUGAUCAACCUUAAUGACUCUGAAGUGCUAAUGAAAGAAAUUGAUAUGGAAAUCUUAAAUGAGUUUGACAGUACCAGAAAUGGACAGGACACUGGAACAGACAUUACCGGACAUGAACAUUGCAUAGGGACAGACAUAACUGGACAUGAACCAGACAUUGGGACAGACAUUACCAGACAAGAACAGGACAUAGGGACAGACAUUACCAGACAUGAACAUGGCAUAGGGACAGACAUAACUGGACAUGAACCGGACAUUGGGACAGACAUUACAGGACAUGAUCAGGACAUAGGGACAGACAUUACCAGACAUGAACAGGACAUAGGGACAGACAUUUCCAUACAUGAACAUGGCAUAGGGACAGACAUAACUGGACAUGAACAGGACAUAGGGACAGACAUAUCCGGACAAGAACAUGGCAUAGAGACAGACAUUACAGGACAUAGGGACAGACAUUUGCGGACAUGAAUAUGGCAUAGGGACAGACAUAACUGGACAUGAACAGGACAUAGGGACAAACAUUACCGGACAAGAACAGGACAUAGGGACAGACAUUUCCGGACAAGAACAUGGCAUAGGGAUAGACAAAACUGGACAUGAACAGGACAUUGGGACAGACAUAACCGGACAAGAACAGGACAUAGGAACAGACAUUAUGGGACAUGAACAGGACAUAAGGACAGACGUUUCCGGACAAGAACAUGGCAUAGGGACAGACACAACUGGACAUGAACAGGACAUUGGGACAAACAUUACUGGACAAGAACAGGACAUAGGGACAGACAUUAUUGGACAUGAACAGGACCUAAGAACAUAUGCUACAGUACAUGAACAGGACUUACGGACAGACAUAACGGGACAUGAACAGGACACAAACAGAUUAGAUUGUUUAAAUGCAUCCUCACAGGUGAUGAUGCCUGAUAUGAUUGGGGAGAAGCGAAAAUCACGAAAACGUACUAGAAAUGAAAGCAACUGGAUAAUAAAUGUAGCCAAAAGAAGAAGAAAUGAAGGAAAAAGUUAUGUAACACGGUCGGGAGUCAUUAAAUCAGGAAAAGUACUGCGUGAUGGUUGUGGCUUAAUGUGCAAAAGAAAAUGUCAUACAAACAUAAACAGGGAAAAGAGAGAGAUGAUUUUGCACAAUUUUUGGAGUGGACAUACAUACAAAGAAAGAAAAAAAAAUUAUCACAACUGAUUCUAGUUACAUCUCAAAAGCGAAAACAAAACAAGCCAAGUCGUCGGUCACAAACAAAUCACUAUGUUUUUUCAGUCAAUAAUAUUCAAUAUGAAGUUUGUAAAAGAUUCUUCCUUGAUACUCUUGCAGUGUCUGAGGCGCAAAUUCUUACUGCUCUGAAAAGCCGCUCAGCUACUGACAUAACAAGUCCAGAUAAAAGAGGUAAACAUGCCAAGAGAGUAAAUGCCAUUCCAAGGAUAGUCAUUGAAGACAUUAAAGCUCACAUUGAAAGUUUUCCGCGUGUGGAAUCACAUUAUUGUAGAGCUUCGACAAGUAAAGAGUACCUUGAAGGCAGCCUAAAUUUGCACAAAAUGUAUGACAUCUCUGUUGAGAAGUGUAAUAGCAACAAUGUUGUUCCUGCCAAAUUAUCAGCAUACAAAAAUAUAUUUAACACAGAGUACAACAUAUCCUUUAAUAAACCAAAAAAAGACUUGUGCGAUUAUUGUGCGGAGUAUAAUAACAUGACUGAAACUGAAAAACAAGUGCAAGCUAAGGCUUUUGAAAGGCACAUGCAAAACAAAGAAAAAUCAAGAAAUGAAAAACUUCAAGAUAAAACUUUAUCAGAAAUCAUAAAUUCACAUGUUACUGCAGUAUUUGACCUGCAACAAGUUUUACUGCUUCCAAAAGCCAACCAGUCUUCUUUGUAUUAUUGUCGAAAACUAAAUAACUACAACAUGACAAUUUAUUCGUUAGGUGAUAAAAAAGGAUUUUCAUACCUCUGGAAUGAAGUAAUAGCCAAAAGAGGUUCAAAUGAAAUUGCAUCUUGUCUUUUACAGUUUUUCCAAACAAUGCAUCAUAACAAGGUUUAUUCAAUAACUUUGUACUCUGACAAUUGUGCAGGACAAAAUAGAAACAGGUAUAUAGUUGCCUUAUAUUGGUACAGUAUUCAAAAGUUUGGAUUUGAAAGUAUUGUUCAUAAAUUUCUGGAAAAGGGUCAUACACAGAAUGAGAAUGACUCAAUGCACUCAGCAAUUGAAAGCAGUAUAAAAAAUGUUGAUGUUUAUACAACAUCUCAAUAUGCUGUUCUCAUUCGCAGUGCAAGACGAAAAGACCCAUACACUGUUUGUGAAAUGGGUCCUGAAGACUUUUUUGACUUCAAAGACUUUUCUAAAAGCAUUAAAAAUUUAGAUAAAGACAGCACAGGAAAGAAAAUUGCCUGGAGAGAAAUGAGAGUUGUUCGAUUUGAAUCACAUUUUCCAAAUACAUGUGCAAUUCAAUAUGACUAUGAGGGUGAAUAUCAUUUUGUUCAUCUCCAACCAAAGCAGUUGCGUAGGCCUUUUAAAUGAGCUGAAAACUCUUUUUAAUGAUUGUGAACGACCAAAACUUUCGAAAGACAAACAUAAAGAUCUGAUGCAGUUAUGCUCAAAGAAAAUCAUACCGGCUUCAUACCGUAGCUUCUAUGAGGCUUUGCCCUUUGAUGAUAAUUAAGUCAUAACAGUUCUUAAAAUAGGAUUCAAUAGACCUGUUUGUAUAAAUUGAUACAUACUACAUUUUGCCCUUGUUGUUGACAUUAAGGAAUGUCAUUGAAAAGAUAUUAAAAAAUCUUGUCCUUGUUUGCUUGUAAUUGUCUAAUAACUGAUAUCUGAAAAUAAUUAUUUCAAGUAGAUAUCAUACUGCUUUCUAUUAUUGAGUGAAUUAAGUCAUUCUCAUUUGGUGUGAUUUUAUCAAUGUUUUGUUUUUUAAAAUUGGAUUCAAUUUAAAUGAUAUCUGAAAAUAAUUAUUUCAAGCAAAUUUUGUAUGGCUUUCUAUUGCUGCGGAAUUGAGUCAUUCUCAUUUUGUGUGUUUUUAUCUAUGUUUUGUUCUUAAAAUAAUAUUCAAUUGACCUGUUUGUAUAUUGAUGCAUAAAUACAUUUUGCCCUUGUUGUUGACAUUAAGGAAUGUCACUGACAAGAUAUUAAAAAAUCUUGUUCUUGUUUGCUUUUAAUUUUCUAAUAACUGAUAUCUUAGUUAUCAGAAUUACUAUUUUGACAACAAUAUUUAAAUUGGAUUCAUUUUUAUGAACUUGCUUGUAUCAUAUUUUGGAAAAAUAAUGUGUCAGGUGUUUUUCUAAAAUUAUGCCAUAAUAUGAUAUAAUAAUUAUUGUUAUAUGUUACUUCAUUGAUUGAUUUAACAUUUUAUGUUCAUUUGCUGUUUCAUGAUAAACCAGUUAUUGAUUUAUAGUGGCAAUAAAAUAACUAUUUAUAGAAACUGUGUUGUUUACUUUUAAAUUUGACAUGAUUAUUGCUGAAGAACAAGCUAAGCAUUGUUCAACUUUUAUUUUAUGCUUUCCGGUAGUUUAUAGAGAAAUAUCAGUGAAUUAAAACUGAUAAUUUCACUGUUUCAAACAGUGAAAAUUAUCGAUAAUUUUCACUGUUUAAUUACUGUGAAAUGAUGCAUUUUUUAACGAAAAGAUGUCAUUAUCCCAGCGAAAUUCUUUAGUUAAACUCUUUAACAAUGAAUAUAAACGGUGGAAAAAAAGCAUUAAAUAAAAAGAAAAUUUGUUGGAUCCAGUGGAAUAUCGAUUUUAAUUCACUCGUGAUCAUAAAAAAUAUAUCACUCAUGAAUUAAUAUUGAUAAUCCACCGAAUCCAACAAAUAUGCUCUAUAUAAUGCACAAUACAGGACAAAUAAACCUGAACACAAACAUAUAAAUAUACUAGGUCUUAUUGCAUUUACACAAUAAUGUUGAUAAUUUUAACAUGUUCAAUAUUGCCCUUUUACAUACCUAAAUUCUGGUGCGAGAUAUUAAGCAAUUCAAACUAUAACCUUUGUGGCUAUAUUCCUACACAUCAGAAAUUCAAAUUGUUGUUAAUUCAUAGUUGAACAAUAGUUAAUAAAAAACAAUUUAUAUAUGACUGUGCUGAUGAUGUUGUUGUUGGAAGUGAUUAUGAUGAUGAGGAUGAUGAAUACAGAAUUAUUGAUAUUUAUCAGAAUGACAGUGAUUAUUUUGAUGUUGGUGGGUGAUAAUUGAUACAGAUCAAAGUAAUGUGAUUAUUGAGACACAUCACAAUUAUGAAGAUGAAGAUGGCGACACUGAUCAAAAUAAUCAAUUAAUUAUGAAAAAUAAGAUUUUUUAUGAUUAGCAAAAUGAUAACAAUAAACAUUAUUAUCACUGAUGAUAAAUGAUGAUGAUUGGUAGUGAUGGAAAAGAUGACGAAAGGAAUGAGGAUAGUAUAUAAGUUGCGUUAAUAAGACUUAAUUUAGUUCAUACAUUAUGAACAGACACCAAAAAAAAGCUAAUAAGUUAGUUGAAGUCAUUUAAAUGAUAGCAUAAUUUUUGCUUACUAAUUCAGAAUAAUUAAGAAAUUAUGAAAAGAAAAAUAGCUGUGCUCUACUUUUACUUCUUUUUGGUUCUCCCUGCUGCCCAUCUUUACUGCCUAACAAAGGUAUUCGUAAUAUCUUUUAAUAUUCUAAACAAUUUUGCAAUGCCCAACAAAUACACUUUAAAUUUUAAAACCUUGUAAAAAAAAACCUGCAAUUAUUAUUAUUUGUAAAUAUUCCAUUUCUGCUUCUUGCUCCUUGUUAUUAGCACCCAGUACAAUUCUGGAUAGUUCCACUAUAUAAAGAAAAAUAUUGUUGCAAACAUUACAUUUUCUCAUAACAAAACUCAACCAGAUAAGAGCCAAAUACAAAUAGAGUUAUGAUAUAAAAAUUGCAAAACUAUGUCACACAGCACAUUUCAAGCACUUACGUGGUUUUGUACAAUAAAAAAACUAAGAACUCAUUUAAACGUAAGAGCACUUAUAUGGCAUUGGAAUUUCAAUUUUAAGCAAAAAAGCACAUUAAGAGCACUUACGUGGUUUUUUCCACUAACUUAUUUCAGUGUUGAAAUUCUGGUAAGUGUUUUUUUUUUUUAAGUAUUCAUAUUUUGAAAACAGAUUUAUCAAAGCUCAAUUUUGCUGUGCUAGAAUCUCAUCAUUACCUGCAUACACAGAAAUUUGUAAUUCUAAAAAAUGUGUCCCAAUGUCAUAAACCAGUUUUUUUGCUUCUCCUGAAAAAUUUACAAAAUGUCAGUUACAUGACUUAUUACAUUGAGUAGACGUAUUGCUUUCAAACUUCAAAUACUUUCAUGCUAUCAUGAGGUUACUGUACCUGGCAAGUUGAAUUUUACCCUGACCUUUGAAUGACCUUGACUCUCAAGGUCAAAUUAUUUAAUUUGGCUAAAAUUGCCAUAACUUCUUUAUUUAUGAUAAGAUUUGAUUGAAACUUUGACAAAACUACUCUUACCUGACAUACCACAAUAGACUCCAUCCAAACCAUCCCCCG